AUGAAUCUGCACCAGGUGGAAAUGGAUUCAAAAACAUUCGUUGACAGACCGUUGAAAGCGGACCCAGAAGCGGUUUUGCGUGAAUUUAAAAAUGAAUUCGGAAAAACGAAGGUAACGAACAUUACUGCACGGAAGCUCAUAGAUUUUCGAAAACGUUUUUUCGGCGAACCAGGAACGGAAUUAACCAGUUGCUUUAUUCCGGAUUGGAAGGAAUUACCACCAAAAAUCGCUCAAAUAAAAGAUAAAGAUCUGAGACUUUUUGCAUUAUUUUUAAAUCGACGAUGGAAAGAUCUAUGCAGACAAAUCAUUAAAAUCGAGGAUCCGAGACGGAAUUCCUUGAUCGAAGUACCUCAUCCAUUCAUUGUGCCAGGAGGUAGAUUCAGAGAAUUUUACUAUUGGGAUGCAUAUUGGAUUGUAAAAGGUUUGAUUGCGAGUGACCUUUUAGUGAUGGUCAAGAAUAUGCUGAAGAACUUCAUCUAUUGUGUCAAAAAAUGA